GUUCCCUAGUGGGGUGCCAUCCCUUACGCCGUCGGGAAACUGCUCGGCAAUGGCGGCUCUACUUCGUUAUAUAUCGAGGACCCAAAAGCACUCCCUUCUUUACUGCAGAAGCUUUUACCUUGCGUCGUCCUCGUUACAAGACGUGUCAUUCAUCACUUCGUCUCGAGUGAGAUUUCUGGGAACUGCUACAGAAAUUGCUCAUGGAUUUGAUGGCAUGAUGACGGGAAACCAGCGGAAAUAUUACAUGCUUGGGGGAAAGGGGGGUGUUGGUAAAACAAGCUGUGCUGCCUCCCUUGCUGUCAAAUUUGCAAAUCAUGGACAUCCUACUAUCGUGGUUUCAACUGACCCUGCUCAUUCCUUAAGCGACUCUUUUGGCCAGGAUUUGACUGGUGGCAGGCUUGUUCCUGUUGAAGGAGUGGAUUCACGAUUAUAUGCACUCGAGAUAAACCCUGAGAAAUCUAUGGAAGAGUUCCAUGCAGCCAAUCAAAAUGUUGAUAGUGGAGGUCUGAAGAAUGUGAUGGAAAGUAUGGGACUUGGAAUGAUUGCUAACCAGCUAGGGGACCUGAAACUGGAAGAGCUGCUGCAUACUCUUCCACCCGGCACAGAUGAAAUCGUAGCAAUUUCCAAGGUGAUGCAUUUCCUUGAGUCAUCAGAAUAUGAUAGGUUCACUCGGAUUGUAUUUGAUACAGCACCUACGGGUCAUACACUUCGGCUACUGUCAUUACCUGACUUCCUGGAUGGAUCUAUUGGCAAAGUGAUGAAGUUGAAGAAAAAAUUGUCUUCGGCGUUCAAAUCUUUGUUUGGGAAAGAAGAAGCUGGAACUGAUGCUCCAGACAAGCUAGAGAAACUCAAGCAACAGAUGGCGAAAGUAAGGGAGCUUUUCCGGGAUUCAGACACCACUGAAUUCAUAAUAGUAACGAUUCCUACGGUUAUGGCAAUCCGUGAAUCCUCAAGGUUACACGCAUCUUUGAAGAAGGAAAGAGUUCCAGUUCAAAGGCUUAUCAUUAAUCAAGUCUUGCCUUCUUCAUCGGACUGCAAGUUUUGUUCAAUGAAAAGGAAGGAUCAAAUGCGUGCCAUUGAACGUAUCCAUGAUGAUUCAGAGCUCGCUGGUUUGAGAUUAUACGAGGUACCGUUAGUGGAUAUGGAGAUAAGGGGUGUCCCGGCUCUAAAAUUCAUGGGUGAUAUGCUCUGGAGAUAAGACGAGCAUUUCAGAUAUACGGAAUGCUAUCUAAAACAUAUAUAGGCCUGUCUUUCCUCCUUUCCCUGUGUGCUUGGUUUUGGAAUAUCUUCGGCCUAUCCGUUAUUUCCAGUGUCUUUGGCCUUCUAAUGCCAAUUUACGGUCAUUGUCAUUUAGAGACAAUACAUUUCAGGAGCAUGGCUAACAUCUUUCAGAGACUGGCUGAACAUC